AUGACCCAUACGCACGCUGUGCCUAGUUCCCUGCGCCAGAAAUCUACUGACGGAUCAGCAGCAUCCAACAUCCUUCGAGAGACAACUUCAUUAUUGUGGGCAUCAGAGCAAGUUCCAGAUGGCCACAGCGAUGACAGGGGAGAACCGGACUCAUCUGGAAGUUGGCAAAGCGAGCUCAAAUUCCUGAGUACCAACUCGAGCUUUCUCGUGUUGGCAUCCCUCCUCUACUACUCAGUCCCUGUUACAAGCAUCAUUAUCGCGGGGAGGCUUGGGCCAUCUGAGCUUGGUGCCGUAAGCCUUGCCAACGUGACUUCGAAUGUCACCGGAAUAGUGGUUUUUCAAGGUCUCGCUACCACACUUGAUACACUCUGCGCUCAAGCCUAUGGAUCUGGAAACUUCGCGCUAGUUGGUCUCCAUGUGCAGCGUAUGACCUUUCUACUUUGGUGCAUCAGCAUACCUGUUGCUGCUCUCUGGUUCAACGCUUCGGGGGUUUUGAGCAUUAUCAUCCCGGAUCAAAGAGUUGCGCAGCUCGCCGGGCUAUACUUGAAAGUGUUGAUCUUGGGAGCCCCCGGUAUUGCGCUCUUUGAGACUGUCAAGCGAUAUCUACAAGCCCAAGGCCACUUCGCUGCCAUUUUAUAUACGCUAGGCGUGGCUACCGCCGCGAAUAUCUUCAUGUCCUGGCUGCUUGUAGUGAGGUUAUCCUUUGGUUUCAUUGGCGUGCCACUCGCCGUCGUGGCCACAUAUAACGUGCUGCCGCUCCUACUCAUCGUUUACGUUCUCCUAUUUGCAGACCGAGAAUGCUGGCCGGGGUGGAGCCGUAGAUUGUUCCAUGACUGGAUGCCUAUGAUCCUGCUCGCCCUUCCUGGUCUUUGCAUGAUUGAAGCCGAGUUUUUGGCCUUUGAAAUCCUCACUCUCGCAGCAUCUUACCUAUCCACGAAACACUUGGCCGCGCAGACGAUCAUGGCCAGCCUGAGUGGAAUUUUCUGGCAGCUGCCAUUCCCAACGAGCAUCGUGGCCACAACUCGGAUUGCAGAGUUGAUUGGCGCUGGCAAGGCAGAUGCAGCGAAAUUAAGUGCAAAGACUGCAACUGUAGUCUCGAUGGGAAUAGGCGCCUUCAAUGGUGUGAUCUUGUCCCUACCACAGAUGAGGCGGUACAUUCUACCCCUGUUCACGGGAGAUGAGGAAGUCACUGAAUUAGUUGCUGGUGCGCUUCCUAUAUUAGCAGCUAUGCAGUUUUUUGACGCAACUGGUGCGAAUGGAAAUGGGAUUUUGAGGGGCUUGGGAAGACAGAGAAUUGGCGGAUUUGUGAGCCUAGCAUGUUUUUACAUUUUUGCACUGCCUUUCUGCUUUUUCAGUGCAUUUUACCUGGGUUGGGAACUGAAGGGAUUGUGGUCCGGAGUGACAAUUGCACUCUCUAUGGUGGUGGCUCUCGAGGGAUGGUAUCUUAUUACUACAGACUGGGAUACUUGUGUACUCGAUGCAGUAAAUAGGAACUCGGGUGGCGCAGUUUUCGUUGAGGAAUACUGCUAA